AUGGCCGGGCAGCCUCCGCGCUCCGGCCGGAAGAUGCCACCGCGCGCCGCGGGGCGAGCCCGACGCCGGAAGCGGCGGCUGCAGCCCCCGACCUGGGAGAUAUCGGACUCGGACAUCGAGGGCCCCGCGGGCGAGGAGGCCGCCGCCAGGGUCCGAGACCCGGCGGAAGAGCACAGGGCGGCGGCCGAGGUGCUGCGGCGGCUGCGGCCCGAGCAAGCCGUGCGGCGCCUGGCGGUGCUCAUGGACCCAGACAUUCUGGAAGAUGCCGGUGCCGACAUCCUGAUGGAGGCUCUGGACGCCCUGAGCUGUGAGUGCCGCGUGGAGCCCGAACGCCCUGCAUGGAGCCUCGGGUGGAGCAGAGUGAAGCCAGACCCUUGCUCCCUCAGUGUGCCUCCUGAGGUGUGGGCUGCGGAUGAGCAGGACCGGCUGCUGCUGCUGGAGCCUGAGGAGUUUCUGCAGGGCGUUGUCCAGCUGACCCAGGCCCUGGUGCUUCUGCAGCUCUGGGCAAACGUGGAUGUGCUGUUGGUGGCCUCCUGGCAGUCCCGGGAGUCUGGGGCCUUUUCCUUCUGCACCACCGCGUGCUGGGCAGCAGCCGAGAAGAGUGGCAAGAGAUGGCACCGGCCUGCGGGGGGCCUGCUGGCAGCAGAUCAGGCAGUUCAACUGCGUCAGCCCGGCUGUGGCCAAUGCUGUUGUUGCUGCCUUCCCUUCCCCCUGCCUUCUGCAACAGGACUGAAUGCAGCCCGCCCAGGGAACAGACUAGAAACCACGAGCGGUGGUGUGCGGGAGCAAGACACCCAGUAUGACCUGCAUCGGGGCUCUCAGGCAGCCUCAGACGAGAGGAACAGCAGCUGACAACAUGCAAAGCAAGUUAAGAAAAACCCAAGGCCGGCGGCGACAGCAGGAAGAGCCGACCUCUCACGAAGCCGUCCUCCUCACAGGCAGCAGACCAGCCUCCCAGGCCUGCAGCCUGAGUCCAGACAUGCUGGGGCAGCAGCUCCCCAGAGACUCUGAGAAGGAAAGUGGCUGCUCCCACACCCGGCACAGGAAGCAGACAGACUAGGAAGUCCGGGUCUCCGGAUCACAGGGAUAAUGGCCCCGGAGCCCCUGUAGCAAGGCCUCUCCCAGCCUCGGGUGGCAGGGGGGCAGCCGAGACAAACCUUGGUUCAGUCCUCCCUCUCCUGUUGCCCUGGGGGUGGUCCAAAGGGAGAAACAGAGAAAACGCCAUCCCAGUUGUAGAAGGCAGUUUUCACUGGGAAACAAGCUAGGUCCUUCGGCAGCGCUUCCUCUGGCAGCGCCGGGUCUCAGGGCUGCUGGGAUUGGCCAUGGGCGAGGGUGUGGGGGGCUUGCGGUGGCCGCAGCUCAUGCUCAGGACCCAGCCCAGCUUGUGGUGCAGCACCUGCUUGAGGCCGGGCGGCAGGGGCAGGCCCUCGAGCGUGUCCCCAGAGUCAGGCCGCAGCUGGCGCAGGCGGUAGCAGCACAGGUAUUGCAGGGAGGUGAUGCUGGCACAGGAGCGGAUCACCUUCAUGCUGCUCUUGGCCGCCGUGGAGCACACCAUUGGGUAGAACCUCUUGUUCUGCAGCUUGGUGGCUGCCACUCCUGGGGGUGGGGAGGUGGCACAGCCUGAACCCUAAGCUCAGGCUCUCCUAAGGGGACGAAGGAUGCUGGGAUUUCCACCUACCCCCCGGCCUUGCCCGGUUCUGGGGACCCUGAGACCUCAGGGAUGCAAGGAUGGCCUUGCAAGGAUGGCUUUUCAGGGCCCUCAACCUCACCAGGAGCUCAGUGGCAGCCAUGCUCUGCGGGCAUGUGUCAGAGUCACCUCCUCACCUAUGCACUUCCUGUUCUUAAAAAAGGUCAGCGUCCCAUGCCAGGUGUCCAGGUGCACGCCAAUGAUGGAGCCCUGGCCGAACCGGGAGGAGAAGCUCGUCUUGUCGCCCUUGUGGUGGAGGAGGCCUGGGGGCAGCAGGGUCGGGGUGAGCCCUGCAGCCUCGGGGCCCCCCAGCCCUGCCCACCCUGGGGGCCCCACGCACCUGUGUAGGAGAGGCCCCAGCUGUCCUCGUCCCGGCCGAGCAGGCUGCAGAACGUGUGGUGGUACUUGUCCAGGUCCACGUCCGAUGUCCCGAUGCCCACCAUCUGGAAACGGCAGAACUGGCAGAGGGGGCUGGGGACCAAGGUGCCCGGCACCCCUCCCCCAACCCUGCCGGCCACUUACCAUGUCAGUGCCAUAGACGGGCGAGGUCAUCUUGAUCUCCCAGAAGUGCUGGCCCUCCCCCAGCUCCUUUGUACCCCGGAUGGCCGCUGUGCCACAGCUGUAUUCCAUGUGGAAGUUGACCUUCCGGUUGUCACAGCUCAGCAGGGUGGCCGAGGACUUAUUCAGGUCAUCCCAGACCCAGUCAAAAUCUGUGAGAGAAGAGGCCCAGGCUCGCCAGGCUCCCCCCCAGCCCAGAGGUCCGCCCACCCGCCGCAGGCCCCCACACUCACACUCGUCCUCCUCCCCGCAGCGGCAGUCCCUGCCCCGGUGGGCGGCGUGCAGACUGCCGCAGAAGGCCUCACUCUGACUGUCACAGUCGCAGAACGACUCCCCAGUCACAGGCACGGCGCUGGGGAUGGAUGACGGCAGAGAUGCAUACUCGGGGUCGGAAUCUGAGUCGCUGUGCUGAGGGGAAAGGGCCAGCUGUUCCUGCCUCCUGCCCUCUGCCGGCCCAACCGACCCCUUCCCCCACCUGCCCUGCCACCCACCCCAGGCCCACGGGUGAACGGCCGCACGCCCCAAGGAAGGGAUCUGGGGCUUUGGCCUCAAAGGGCCUCCUCAGGUCUCAAGGGCUCAGCCAGCCAGCCACAGUGACCCUGGACAUCUUUUCUGGCUCAGGAGCUGCAAGGGGGCCUCCUUGCCAAAGGCCUACCACGCCGGUGGCUUCCUGGGAGUGGAGUGGAGGGCCCCGGAGGCCUAGCCACUAAUAAGCCUCAAGACAGGGCUGCAUGCUUAGCCAUCGUCGUUGUCCAGAGAACAUCUAAAUUGUGAUAAAUGGGAGCGUGACAGCAAAGUCCGUUGCUGACCUAAUGAAGGCACCUGGUCUCCCCAUGGCAGCAGCUGGGCUCCAGGGGGGCCGAUGGCCGUGGUCCCCUUGUCCGUGCAAGGGUGUGCUCUCAACCCCCAUCACAGGACCCUGACGAGCAAGCCCCAUGGUCUCAGGCUGUGGCAGGAAAACAUUCAGUUGGGCCUUGGCCCUCUGCGUGUGGCUCUCAGUCCUCACCGAAUGGACUCCAAGCCUUGAGGGCCUGAUCUUGGCCCAGGGGCCAGACGCUAAGGCUGAGCUGGUCUGGUUCCGGGGACCAGCUGACCCACAGACCCUCCUGGAGGCCAGUGAGGGUGUCUCUGUACACCUUGUUGUUCCUGUUCUGGAGCCACGUGGGCCCCUCAAGACACCCACCCAGGCUCUGACAUCUGGCCGACCAGUGAGGGCCUGGAGUCUCAGGCCCCAGGGGUGCAGGCAGCCUGUGCAUGCCUGCUCUCUGAGCCCUCCCAGCUUCGCCUGGGGUCCUGGUGGGGCUCUGGCCUCCACCCUCACUCUCUUGGCCUCUGGGUGCUGCUCUGGGCCCCGCGGAAAUGCCCUCUGCACAGUGGUCUGGGUGACCUGUUCAGACCUGGGAAUCCUGCUGCCCUGAGAACAAAGCCCACAGACUUAACUCUCGUCAGAGAAUAUAAGACCCCCUCCUUGCCCAGCCUCCUCCUCUGCCCUGUCCACCCCUGUCCCCAUGGGGCAGGAGUGGGGGUCUGUUUGCCCCUGGAUGGCUUUUGGAUACCAUUUCAAAGAGGCUCUUUCAGCCUCUCAUGCUGCGUCCUCUUCCUUCUCUUCCUUUCUCGUAGGCUUCCCUGACGCUCUCCUGGGUCCUGCUCACCUGCCUCCUCCCACCGGAACUGAGUUCCUUUGUUAUUACACUCAGCCCCAAGUGCCACACAGGAGCUCUGGGAACCGAUGGCAGAGACAGCUCAGGGAGCGAGGAGGCCGAGCCCCAGUUGGAGACAGACGCCAGCAAGGACAGUGGCAGCAGGCCCAAAGCACCCCGCUCACGGGGAAGAGCGAUCCCCCACAAGCCAAGGCAGGCCCACUGCUGCCAGAGGAGACAAUCCCUUCCCACUGAGUCAGGAGCCAGGGGCACAGACCUGAGCACUGCUGGCCCCGGGGGUCAUACUGCUUGGCACCCAGCACACAACCCCCUGUGCAGAGGGCAGACCCGGCCCCACCACAAGCUGUAAGGAGAGCUUAGAGCAGCGGAGACAAGGACAUGUGUGUUCGGCCUUCAAAGGUGCUGGGGUGACACGCUCUCUCCAUCCACACGUGCACACAAGUACCCCGGGCCCAUUAGGUGACCGGAUGAGCCACAGGUGUGUAUCAGACACUGCACCCCCAGCCCCUGGACGCCUCCCACAUCCCACAGCGAUGAGCCAGAGAGGCAGAGACAGACAGGAGAAAAGACUGCUCCAGGCCACGUGGUCAGUGGAAGCUGGAGGCGGGACAGGAAUGCAGGCCGAGGCCUCUCGCUGGCCCAGGCAGGAAGCUAAGGGAGGCCCCAGGAAGGGGACCCAGGAUGUCGCCUCCAAUUCUGCCCCAAGCCCUGGUGCUUCCACGGGACUCAGCUGCCCUCACUGAGGGCUGGGGAGGAUAGGCACCUGUCCCCACCCAGACACCUGGCUGAGCCAGGGCACCCAGGCAGGGUGGCUGUGACAGAGCAGAACCAAGUCACCCGAAGAUCACCCUGAAAACAACAGAGGUGACUCAGGGCAAAGCCAAAGCCCAGCUCUGGUCUGAGAGGUUCAGGAAACUGACUUGUGAAGCCCUCCCCACAUGCCCCCCACGGCAGGCACAGAGGCCACAGAGCCCCACCACCCCACCCCUGUGGCGGGAGUCAGCGUGGUGAGGCUCUGGUUGCAAACCCCUCAGGUCCAUCAGGAACCUCCACUGCAGACAGACAGCUGAGCCGCCCUCCUCACGGCCUCUGUAUUCCUGGGCCUUGCAGAGCUCAGGGUCCUGAGCACAGGAAGGCUCAGGAAUGUCGGUCUUUAAAGAUCAAAAUUCUUUUUUUAGAUGCAUAUACACAAACGUUGAAUACAGACUUCAACAGGCAGAGAAAACGUCCAGAAGGUUGCACACAGAGGUAACAACAGCUACCCUUGAAAAGCGGUUGGGUAAAUGGAAUGGAGAAGUUUUCGUUAAAUGAACUGACCAAAGUACCCACUGACACCCUCUUCAAAGAAAAAAGUCUACAGAGGAACGUAGUAUAUGCCUUGAGGUCCUGCUACCCAGGGCCACGUGCGUCCUUAACCGUGUGAAGAGCCUAGGGGAGCAGAAGCAGAGUGCACGCAGGGGACGGUCCGACAAGCCUGGCCCUGUUUUCUGCCCUCAGAGGCAUCUUUCUCUUUCAGUCUCAGUUCAGGCAAUAUUUAGUCCAGCCAUGCCCACCAUGCUCACCCACUGGAACCUACCUGCCCAUCAGAGUCGUAGCCCCAGUUGGUGGACCCUGCCAGAGCCACGGCCCGGGCAUCCGCAUCUCGGCGAGCUGCACUCAGGACAAAAUGCCACGCUCUGCUGCUCCGUGGGCGCCUGGCCAUGGUGGGCAGGAUCUGGAAGAAAGCACAAGGUCUGAGCAAAGAAAGACAUAUGACACACCAGUAGGUCCCCCAGCACCCCCUGCACUUGGCCCCCAGACUGUGCCAGCCCACCCAGGGUCCGGAACUCUCUUCACAAGCUCAUACCUCACUCCAGUGUCCGAGUACCUUGAUGAAACCCAGGUGGAGAGCAUGGAAUGCCAUCCUGACAUCCAUGACUCUCAAAUGCCUAGCUCAGCCCCUCUCCGAGCUCGGCCUCAGGAUUGCAAGUGUCCCUCCUGCACAUCCCUCAAGCAUCUCAAACCUUGCCUGCCCCUCCUCCAUUCUCCAUUUUGACAAACGGCAUCUCUAGCCUCCGAGUUCCUCAUGCCAGACACACAGCAGUCAUCCCCAACACUUCUUUCCUCCCUCCCACCACGGCCUCACAGCCCUCCGCGCCCCACACCGUCUCCAAAACAUGUCCUGAAUCCCUCUCCACCCCUGCUGCCACCUUGCCUGCCCCACCCGCACACAACUCGUCUUCGCUCUGGCUCCUCCCACUUCACUCACUACAACCGAGCUUUUUUUGAAAUACAAAUCUUAAAAUUUUAAAUUAACGAGUUAACUCCUCAGGGCUUGCCACUGUUCUUAGAAUAAAGUACAAUAUUCUACCAUGCCUACAAGUUCCGGCCCUGUUCCGGCUGGUAGCUCUUUCCAGCCCUUUGCCCACAACGCUUUCCCCUCCCCUCUUUGGCUCUCAACUUCCAUGCCCGACUUACAGUAAUAAGUCGCCCUCUGUGAUCGUCUACUUCCCGGCUCUGCCCUGGUUUGAAAUCCCCAGAAGGGCCCUGCCACGACCCCGAGGGGCGGCAGUGAAUUAGCGCAGACAGAGCUUUUGAGGGAUAGGAGCCCGUCCGCAGACCAGGGUUGGUUACUGAAACUGGCCAGAGUGGGCCCGGCCUAAUCCUCGCCAGCCACCGCCGCAGCAACAGUAAGCGCCAGGCCGUGCACGCGCAAUGCACGACCCCGAGACUGACCCCGCUGCAGUAGGGGUUGCUUCCCCAUCAGGCAUCUCACUGUCUCAGGAUCGGUGGGGUUGCGGGGUUCCUCCCGCCCGCCGCCCCGCCCGGUCUGCGGCGCAGCGCCUUGGCAGCCUCGCCCGGCCCUGCCGCUGCCGAUGCCGCCGCAGGAACAA